CUCAGCGUCGGGUCCCUGGCUGCCUGCAUGUAUCGAGCUGCUGUUUACUGCAACAAAGAAACCGUCGCUACAUCGCUGAAACAUAUCUAACAGCGCUGCGACAGCGUUGUUGUCCCCAGAAGAGGAGAGGACAGGCCUCGCUUCUUACUCACCUCGCAGAGUAAUCCUCAGAGGAAGAAAAGUGUCGUUUGGAGACGAGUUGAGUUUCUGUUCGGAGUGGCAGCAUCUUUGUCUUUCAGAAGACAUUUGUGGCAUGAAACCAGAUCGUAUUCAUCUUUCAUUCAUCACCUCCUUCAUCUCCCUCCACCACUCUCCAGUUAGAAACUCUCACCUCAGCUCCACCGCAUUGAUGAGGUAACGUCAAGCUCUACGCAGCGCAGCACCCACCUGCACAAACACCACCCUCCCCCCUUCUUUCCACUCCUUCUGUCAUCCCUUCCAUCACAGCCAUGGGACAGAAGAUAUCUGGCGGGAUUAAAUCGGUAGAUGGUCGCGGGGAAAGCGGUGGCUCCCCAUCCUACCGGCCUUCGUCUCACCGCCGACAGCACCCGGUAUUGAGGGAUCCAGAUUUCUCCAAACCUCCCAGGCUGGAUCUCCUGCUGGACAUGCCAUGCGCUGGACUGGAGACCCAGCUCCGUCACGCAUGGAACCCUGACGACCGCUCGCUCAACAUCUUCAUCAAAGAGGAGGAUAAACUGACAUUUCACCGCCACCCGGUCGCUCAGAGCACGGACUGCAUCCGGGGGCGGGUCGGAUACACACGGGGUCUCCACGUGUGGAAAAUCCACUGGCCCUCCCGCCAGCGCGGCACCCACGCCGUGGUUGGAGUGGCAACCUCAGAAGCCCCUUUACAUUCUGUUGGGUACACGGCAUUGGUGGGGUCGGACUGUGAAUCCUGGGGCUGGGAUCUGGGACGCAACAGGCUCUACCAUGACAGUAAGAACAGGGCCCAUAGCUCACUGCCCACUUACCCUUGUUUCCUGGAGCCUGAGGAGUCGUUCACCCUGCCGGACUCUCUUCUAGUGAUUCUGGACAUGGACGAAGGGACGUUGAGCUUCAUGGUGGAUGGACAGUAUCUAGGAGUCGCAUUUAGAGGACUGAAGGGCAAGAAGCUGUAUCCCGUUGUCAGUGCCGUGUGGGGGCAUUGUGAGAUAUCCAUGAAGUACAUCAACGGCUUGGAUCCUGAGCCUCUUCCUCUGAUGGACUUGUGUCGGCGUGCGGCCCGGCUGGCAUUGGGUCGGGAGCGGCUUCAAGAGAUCGAGAGCCUCCCUUUGCCCCAGUCCCUGAAAAAUUACCUCCAAUACCAGUGACUGACACCAGCAGAACCAACUGGGAGUACAAGGACAUAAACCAGACCACCAGAAAGUCUAAUGGAUGGCUUGUUAAGAGAAAUUAAAGAAUGCAGAGAAGGGGUGCUGGAUGGAAGAAUGUCCACACUGAGAGCACCAUAGCUCUACAAAAGAGGGAUUGAUAAAAAGGCUGGAGAGAAAGAUGGUGGAUGAACUGACGGAAGAGGUCCAGGCUUUCAAACAAAGAACAGGACGGCACCAGCUUCUUUUGGAUUUCCAGCUGCUUUUUCAUUCGUUUUUGACUUGAAAUAAAUUAUUAAUGAUGGUAUCCCAUCAGUGUCUCACUCAUCCAGAAAGAAAUCCCAUCCUCUUACGGUGUGGUGAAGAGGUGACAGUGUUAAGAUGACCACCGCCACCUAGUGAUGAGAAUAAAAAACUGCGCAGAGAAAGCACACUAAUCCUAUCCCUGGAGGCCUUUCUGACGCACAGUCAGUGACCAUAUCAUUGCUGUUGGAUACCAUUGUGCGUAUUCAUGGUCUCCACUAGCACAGGUGGCAGGCCGCAGAAUCCAGAUGUCCAAGAGGAUUUUAGCACUAAUGUUGUUUUUAUCAGAUUGACUUGGGGCCCGACCAAAAGCUCACAUCGCAUACAGAGUAGAUCAAAACAUGGCUGCAGAGUGUAUGCAAAGUUCAGUAAAAGAAAUAAAGCAUGCUGAACUUAUCUCCUGGCUUUAAGCUGGCAUGUGAUAAAGAGUUGAGCCCUUUUCAGACGGUAACGUCUAUCAGUGACGGCUUGUUGUCAUUCAGAGUUUGUUACGUAAAAGUUGGUUCUGGCUAUAUUCACAAUGCUUGUACAGUAUUUAGCAGCUGGUGCGUGAGAAGGAGCGGUGGAGCUUAAAAUUAAGUUAAAUUAAUUUAUUUUGCCGUUUAAGUCUUAAUUAAUGACCAUUGUCAGUGUGAGAGAAGCUCACCACCAGUUCCCAUCCUCAUCAGUUUCAUAAUUUAUUAGUCUACUUUAUAACAUUUAAUUUACUCUAUGUAUUUUAUUAUAUUAUAAUGCCCAACAGUGCACAAGUACAGAAUUACAAGACAUUACUUUGACUGUUUGCUUACAUGCUGUAUGUAAAGUAUUGUUAUAUACAGGAUAUUCAUUAUUUCUUCCAUGCAGUAAGCCUGAAUGAAAAUUUAAAAAAAAAUAAGGAGGAUCUCUUGAUAAUUGUUAAUUAAAGUUUUUUGCUGCAGCUCUGACAUGAGAACAAUCUCAGCAACUUAAAAUUGGCUCAUUUACAGAGCAGUUUUAACUGAUUUUAUUUAAUUUGUGCAUAAAAAUUAUAAUUAACCAGUAAAUGUGUUAUAGUGCUCUUAAAGCUCCUGGAAAUAUGGUUUUAAAUUCUAAUUAUUUCUCUAUUACAUGAAAUAUUCAGAACUUAAUAAGGACCAAUCCAAAAAAAA